AUGAUCACCAUAAACUCCUACGUGGCACGCAGCUUUCAUUGCAGUGUUGCAGUCCAGUUGAAGCUUAUAGCUCAAGGGAGGAGCAAGCAGCACUUUACAUUGUGCUUACCGAUGUACUUGGAUAACAGUACGUGGCAUACUUUAUCAAAUGAUGUGAAAAUUCUCAAGCGCGAACAACAAUGUGCAGAUGACACUGAAGUGCGACAUCAGGAGGUUGAGAUCGAGAUAGGCGGCGUCAAAUUUACACUACAAGCCCAGCAUGAAUGGCUUCAGCAGCAGUAG